CUAAUCGUUGAGCUGGCAAAGAGACUAAAGAAGGAGGUGAAUGUGUGUGGGGAGAGUUAGUUAAACCUACAUUUAAAUUAUUAAAUAGAUUUGCUUGUGCUGGUAUAUAAAGACGACUUCAUUCCCCCGUGAUCACAAAGUGCCAAGUGAUAUUGUGCAAGCGUUUUCAAUGGAAAAUCAAAAUCCUACUCACUCACUACUUAACCAAAGCAUCAUCGCUUCGGAUGAUAUUGUGGGGCUUAAUUCGCUGGUCAAUUAUCUUGUGUUGACGUAUUUUGCUCAUUUUUUCGGAAUUUGUUUAAUAAUAGCACGGAACGAUAGUUUUUAUCAUACUGCUCCGCUCCCAACGAUCGUGCUAGUGAUUCAGAAUAACGAUGACUUCGAAAAGGCUCUCGGUGUUGCGGUUGAUAUGGGAUGUCAGUCAUUUAUUGUAACAGAACGCGCGGCAGGCGCUUUUUUCGAUGCCUUCCUUCCGGUGCACGAAGCAGCACUGCAGCGCUCCAUGGAAAAAAGAGUUCUCAUGCUGCUUGAAAGCAGUGACUCUCCGUUUCUCUCUACCAUAAGCCAGCUGCUUGUCGUGGAGGAAAUUCCAGAAAUUUUAAUUGUAUUGCCUAAACCUACCGUCCAAGCAACCGGUGCUGUCCAGCUGUACACGCUGGACAUUUCCGAUGGCAAUCCUGUAACUAUCAGUCCACGGGUGAUCGAUGUGAUCGACACUCGAAAUGACUCGUUUCCUAACACCAAGAGCGUCAAUCACUUCCCGGACAAGUUUGCGAACAUGAACAAGCGGCGCCUAAGGCUUGGAACAGUACCGUACCUACCGAACGCCUUCAUAGAGGACAAACCCCUUGGAGAGGGAAAUGCACGAUACAUCUUGCCGCCGAAACCGAACGUAUCGGCAAUGAUCAGCGGCACGGAGCUGUGGUUGGUGGUGCUGUUCUGUGAAAUAGCCAACUGUACGACGGAAAUCAUGAUCGCUUCGGAGUGGGGCAACGUGCUAGACAACGGUACCAAGUUUGGGCUGCUUGGUGCGCCGGCCAAACGGGAGGUGGACAUAACUCUCGCCGGACUGUACACGUGGUACUCCAGCUUCCAGCAUCUUGCCUUCAGUGCUGUCCAUUCGCGCUCCGGCUGCACCUGUAUCGUGGCAAAGCCACGCAUCAUUGCGAACUGGCGCACACCGUUCCUGUCCUUUACCGGUUCGCUGUGGGGUGCGGUCCUGGCCGCCUUCGUUGCCGGUGCGUUCGCCGUGCUGGUCAUGUCGCGCAGCCGGCAGCGCAUCCUGCAGCUGGGCGAAGCCACGCGAUACACCUUCAGCGAUUCGGUGCUGAUCAUGAUCGGGUUCUUCAUGGAGCAGGGCGUACCGAUGCCGAACGAGCUGAUAGCGUCCUGUCUGCUCUUUGCCACGCUCAUGUUCGCCGGGUUCAUGAUCGGCAGCAGCUACAAUGGUGGUCUGGCCAGCACCAUGAUCGUGCCGCAGUACGAGAAAAGCAUCAACACGGUUUACGAUCUGGCGGAGACGCGCACGACCUGGGUCGGUGUGACCGUCAACUGGCUGUUCUCCAUCCAGCUGGCCUACCAGCCGGACAUGCUGACGCUGCUGACAACGUUUCGCGAGUGGGAGGAGGGAGAGAUUUCGCGCCGCGCGCACGAACGCACGGUGGCGAUCAUCGUCGAGCGGAUGGAGUACGGCCACGUGGCCCACCCGCAGAUGGAGCUGGACGCGAUGAAGGGCCGCAAAAUGAUGGCGGAAGACAUCUACUGGGAGUCGGUGGUUGGGAUGUGCUCGAAAACGUGGCCGGCGCGGGCCCGGUUCGAUCGGCUGGUGCUGGAUCUGAAGGCGUUCGGCAUACUGGCCCACUGGGAGCUGAUCGGGGUGGCCAGGUAUUUGAGCUUCAAGUCGCAACAAAUCUUACGCUACUCGCGCGAAACCGGCGGCGACGAGUUUACGCCGCUGCGUAUGGCCAACAUUACGGGCGCGCUGCUCAUCCUGCUCGCCGGGCUAUCGCUGUCGCUGGUUGUGUUUGUGGCGGAACUCGCCUGGUACUGGUGCGGGCCAAGAAUCAAGCGAUGCGUGGCCGACUAUCUAAUUAAGUGUAGCGUGCGUUUUGCCAGAAACAGGGCCAGACCAACGGGCAGAGAAGUGUGAAAUGGGAUGGUACAUUCAAAUUGUAAGCUACAGCACUUGAAAGCAGACAAACCAAGACAAAUUAAAUUAUUUCAAGCUUUA